AUGCGCCAUCAUCUACGACUAUUCACCACCAGCUCCAUCUCGCGACUAAGCAAGCCCCGCGGACUCCAUCAUCAUCAGCAUCACCCGUCGCCAACGCAUCCCCAUAAACGGGUCACCACUCUGCCUCAUCAUCAGCCGCGGCACGCACACCACAGCGAGGUCUCCCAGAUGUUCCGCGACGCCAUGUCCCGCGUCGCGCAACAAGCAAUGAUCCUCACUUCCUCCACCUCGCCGCACACCGCGCAGAACAUCAACCACGGCAUGACUUUGGGAUCGGUGGCGUCGCUCGCUGUGUAUCCGCGCCCGCUCUUGCAAUUCAACUUGCACUUGCCCUCGUACACAUCGCGGUACUUGCACGAGUUUCAAGUCUGCUGUAUCCAUAUGAUGCCCGCGACGAAAAACGCAGCGAGACUAGCGCGGGUGUUUGCGCUGGGGGUCAAGCUCCACCAUCGCGAUGGCGAGGUGUUUCAUGAGCGCACGCAGCCGUUCCGCGAUUUGGUUGAAGGGCAGGAGUAUUUCAUGUAUGAUGUGCGGGGAGUUGUUGAAAAGGAGGGGGAUGGUGGUGGUGAGGGUGACGGUGACGGUGAGGGUUUGAAGGUGCCGGUGUUGAGUGCUGCUGAGGUUGCGUUUGUGUGUCGGUGUCUGCGGUGUUUCACGGUUGAUGACCAUGAGAUCUGGGUGGUUGAGGUCUUGGAUGUGUUGCUGAUGCGCGAGGAGUAUCGCGAGCAUAAGACUGGUGGGUUAAUUUAUUUUGAUCGUGCGUUUAGGAAAAUCGGCGAGAAAUUGAGUUAG